UGUCACUUUAAAACGGUUGAUCAAAAAAUAAUUGUAAAAUAUAAAAAAAAAAAAACUAAAAUAUUUUUCUUAAACAAUCUUUUUCAAGACUUAAAAAAAAAAACCUAAAAUUUUGAAUAAAAUAAAACAAAAUGUCUGAAACUUUAACCUCUCAAGAAUUGGCAGCCUUAAAAGACUUGCCCUCGGCUCCGGAAAUGGGUGAAUUACGUAAGAUAACCACUUUACAAGAUAUACCCUUAGCUCAGGGCGAUAGUCUAAAGCAAAGUGUAAAUUCACAACUAGAACUUCAAGCCGCCCAUGAGGACGAAAAUGAACAUAAAAUAAAAACCAAUUCGCUUAAAAGAUUUUUUCGUUUGCCCUCUAAAAAGAAAAGCGAAGGGUCUGCCCUGGAGGGAGAAGCAAGUCAUAUGGAAUUUGAAGAAGGUGGUGCAAUACAAUAUUAUCAACAAAAUCCUACACAAAACGAUCAUGAAGAUCGGGAUUUAAAGCAAACUAAUUCGGAAUAUAGACGUUUUAAAUUAAAUUAUGGCCGUUAUGAGUCCAAUCCUGCUUCUAAUGUACGUCCUGAGAAAGAGUUAAGUGCCUCUUUUUCAAAAGCCAAUUUGAAAUCUUCUUUGUCCACUUAUUGGAAUUCAGUUUUUAAACUAAAGAAAACUAAAAAGUCUUCAAAAUCUCAACUGGAAUUGCAACAAACUGUUAGUGAAGCCACUACCUCAAGAACUGAGAGAGAAAAUCAAUUACCCGAUUCUACUAAUGAUUUAUCACAAAAUCCUGAUUGCCCUGCUGAUAGCAAUAGCAUUUUAGAUGAUAUCCAUACUUUACAAAUUUCUGAAGAAAGUCGUCCGAAAUAAUUCUUUAAAUUGUUUUUUUCUUAAAAUAAAUUUUUAUUCAUUUUGUGCAAA